AUGGUGAAUUGCUUGCCGCAGCAUGGUUCACCCGCCCACACGAAACUGAAGGCCAUCGCAAAUGCACCUUUGUUUGCAAACGAUGUGAAGCAGCUGUCUCCUAAUGCACAAACAUAUGGGUUGGAAUCAUUCCAUAACGUGCUGAAUGGAUUUGCACCCAAAUCGACAGCAUUCUCGUAUGAAGGCAUGGCUGCACGAACAAUGAUCGCCAUACUCCACUUUAACGAAAACAGUAGCCGCCUGCAAGCUGUCACGAACGAAGGGCAAGAGCAAUGGCACAUCAAAUCGCCAAAAGCCCAAAAAGGUGCAACCACUGUGUACCCCCGGAUGACCCCCGUGACUUUUGAGUAUGUGGACCGGCUACAUGAGGAAGUCCUGGAACGGUGCAAGACAUUUCCUACUUUCAAAGAGGCACUGGCCGAAAAGUCUCCAAAAGUUCCUCCGGCCUUUGGGAGCCCAGUACCAAGGCCAUCGAAGGAAGAACUGGUAUCUGCGCACAGAAGAAGGUUCGCCAAGCCGUCCCUUGAGGGAGACGGCUAGACAAGGAUGAACAUGUCUCUGAGUGUUUAUGUAGAGUGCGGUUUGGACAAAAGUGGAGCUUUCUGCCAAGCCAUGAAAAUCGUCUACAUGGAGCAAUGAGCACUCUUUUCCAAUGUUCGU